AUGGCCAUAAAUCUCCCUUCAGAUACCGUUUCCUCUGUCUUAAACUCUGUCUCUGUGUCCAGUUACCAGUUUGCGGUGAUAUUGCUGAUCUACUUGCUCCCCCUGCUGGUCAUGUUGGUGACCUACAGUUUAGUGGGUCGCUCACUGUGGGGCGGACACAUCCCCGGAGAGGCGACCGAGCAUUACCACAGCCAGAUUACAGCCAAGAGAAAGGUGGUGAAGAUGAUGGUGGUUGUGGUGGUGACUUUUGCCCUCUGCUGGCUGCCUUACCAUGUUUACUUUAUUCUGGGGUCAUUUAACAGAGACAUUUAUAAACAACAUUACAUUCAGCAGGUGUAUCUUUCUAUUUUCUGGUUGGCGAUGAGUUCGACUAUGUAUAAUCCAAUUAUUUACUGCUGUUUGAACCAAAGGUUUCGGGCCGGUUUCCGUCACGCUUUCGCUUGGUGUCCCUUCGUCAAAGUGUCAGAGGAAGACAAGAUGGAGCUGCAGUACACGCACACCUUCAGAGUCACGGUGACGCGCAGCCGCCGCAGUGACACCUCAAACACGCACGCCUCCAUCAAAGCAUGCAACGCAAACUCAGAGAAAGACGCUUGCUUACAGCGGAAAAAGUUCCCAUGCAGCAUUCAAAACUCCAAUGUGAUUACGAAGCAGGAUGACUCCAGAAACCCAGCGUCGAAGACAGUGGCGCACGACCUCUGACCUCCGAGCAGCAUCAUGUUGAAAACACAGCAGAAAGAGCAGGAGCUGUGGAAGUCUAUUGAG